AUGGUCACGGCAGCAGGUGGCGACUCCCGGCUACAACAAAUCUUACAAACAAGGCUCCUGCGAUCUGAGGGGGCUGAGAACAAUCACUGCUUCACAAAGGAGCCCUCCAAAGGAAGCGCGGAUGCGGGCUGCAAGCCUGCGUCUCUGAGUCCACCACAGGACAAGACGCUGGAGGAUGCUUCUGUUGGGAAGCUCUUUUGCAUGCACAGCGGAGACACCCCUCCGCCCACGCCGCGCACUGGCAGUGACCACUUCCCUUGCCCUGGUGAAGCAGCCAAGCAGGGGAGUGAAGAUGAGGCGGAAAGCACCGAUGGCUUACCAGACAGCCAGGAGGUCAUGGAUGGGGAUCUGUCACACUACGACUGGCAGUUCGAGCUCAUGAACAGCAUGCCCCGGGAGAAAGCCCUGGAGCUGGCUCGGGUACUCAAGCGCUCAGAGAAGGAGAAGGUCCUCGAGAGUGCCAAACUGCGGCAAGAAGUCGUGGAACUGAAGCGGCAGGUGAACAGGAACAUCAAAUUCAUGCUUCGGCUUGGAUGUGUUAUGUGCUGCGACGCCAAUGCAGGUCAUCUUCGAGUUCAGCAGUCAGCUUCCCAGUCGCUGAUGAGCAAAGUCCCCGUGGCAACAUGUGAUACGCCCAGCGAGCUCGCAGCAAACUGGUAG